UCAGCCGCACCCUAACCUUAUAUAAUGUAAUCAAUCGGCCCUGUUUCUUCUCUUUCUUCGUCUGCUCAGCUUGGUCAUACUACAUAUUUUCUCUGCCGAUAAAUCUCUCCCUUGAGGCUCACAGGAGAGGAACCCGCUGUAUAGCUUCCAACAUGAGUAAGCUCCAGAGUGAGGCAUUGAGAGAGGCCAUCUCUACUAUUAUGACUGCAUCCAAAGAGAAGAAGCGGAACUUCACUGAGACAAUUGAGCUCCAAAUCGGGCUUAAAAAUUAUGAUCCCCAGAAGGAUAAGCGUUUCAGUGGUUCGGUGAAGCUGCCACAUAUUCCUCGACCCAAAAUGAAAAUUUGCAUGCUUGGAGAUGCUCAGCAUGUUGAGGAGGCAGAGGGAAUAGGUCUUCAAUGGAUGGAUGUGGAAGCAUUGAAGAAACUAAACAAAAAUAAGAAAUUGGUCAAGAAACUUGCCAAGCAGUAUCAUGCCUUUUUGGCCUCUGAAUCUGUCAUCAAGCAGAUUCCUCGUCUUCUGGGUCCUGGUCUUAACAAGGCAGGAAAGUUCCCCACCCUCGUGACCCACCAAGAGUCCCUGGAGUCAAAAGUGAAUGAAACAAAAGCAACAGUCAAAUUCCAACUGAAGAAGGUGCUUUGCAUGGGAGUGGCUGUUGGGAACUGUGCUAUGGAGGAGAAACAAGUCUUCCAAAAUGUGCAGAUGAGUGUCAAUUUCUUGGUGUCUUUGUUGAAGAAAAACUGGCAGAAUGUGAAGUGCCUACACCUCAAGACUACCAUGGGAGCACCACAACGCGUCUUUUAAGUUCUUUAGUUUGAAUUUUUCGAAGAUUUGUACCAGAGUUAUUUACAGGAGUAUUUUCGCUUGAAUGGUCAAUUUUUCUCAUUGUAUGGCUGUCUGUUUUGUUCUAUGGAAUUUGCGAUUUAAUGAUAUAAUUUUAGACUUGGCUUAUAGCUUCAA